AUGGAGCUGUCCGAGGUCCGCUGUUCGAGCGCCAGCGAAGAGCCGUACACCGCCAACCGCACGCUGAGCGUCGGCGGCAAGCGGUUGCUGUGGCAGAACGCGGUCCGCCACAUCACCGAGCAGCGUUUCAUCCACGAGCAGGGCGGCGCUGGCGAGCCUGAGCGGCCGGAGACGCGCAGGCAGUCGGCCGGCAGGACCUCGCUGGGCGGCUCGCUGGGCGGCUCGGGUUCGGCUGCGGGCUCAGCCGCGGGCGAGCGCCAGCACAACAACGGCGGCACCAAGGUGUUCCCCGAGCGGGCCAGCAGCGACCUGGGCUUCCUGCAGAUGGACUGCGUGCCCACCAACUCGGACUUCUUCCUCAACUGGGGCUACACGUAUCGCGGCGUGAUCUUCCCCACGCUGCGCAACGCCUUCAAGUCGCGCGACCUGGAGCGCCUGUACCAGCGCUACUUCCUGGGCCAGCGGCGCAAGUCGCUGGUGGUCAUGAACAUCCUGGACGUGGUGACCAAGCUGACGCUACUGGCGCUGCACCUGGCCCUGGCCUCAGUGCCCGUGGACCCAGUCAAGGGGGCGCUGCUGGGAUUUUUUGCUGGCGUGGAGGUGGUGGUCUGCACCCUGGUGGCCGUGCGCAAGGACGCCACCUCUCAUGGCUACCUGCAGUACAGCGGCGCCGUCACCUGGGUGGCCAUGGCCACGCAGAUCUUGGCCGCCGGCCUGGGCUACGGCCUGCUGGGCGACGGCGUGGGCUACGUGCUCUUUGCGCUCUUCGCCACCUAUGGCAUGCUGCCGCUGCCCCUGGCCUGGGCCAUCCUGGCCGGGCUCUCUGCGUCCGCCCUGCACCUUCUCGUCAGGCUGCUGCUAUCCCGAGAAGCGCCGCUCUCCGACAACCAAGUGGCGGCCCAGACGGUUCUGUUCAUGUGUAUGAACACGGCCGGGAUCUUCAUCAGCUACCUGUCGGACCGCGCCCAGCGACAGGCCUUCCUGGAAACGCGACGCUGCAUCGAGGCCAGGCUGCGUCUGGAGACGGAGAAUCAGAGACAGGAGCGUCUGGUUCUGUCCGUCCUACCUCGCUUUGUGGUUCUGGAAAUGAUCAACGACAUGACCAACGAGGAGGACGAGCACCUUCAACAUCAGUUCCAUCGGAUCUACAUCCACCGCUACGAGAACGUCAGCAUUCUUUUCGCAGACGUCAAAGGAUUCACAAAUCUUUCCACCACGCUGUCGGCUCAGGAGCUUGUGCGGAUGUUGAAUGAGCUUUUCGCACGCUUUGACCGCCUGGCGCAUGAACAUCACUGCCUGCGAAUCAAGAUCCUGGGAGACUGUUACUACUGCGUGUCGGGCCUUCCUGAGCCGCGGCAGGACCAUGCCCACUGCUGCGUCGAGAUGGGCCUCAGCAUGAUCAAAACCAUCAGAUACGUGCGCUCACGCACCAAGCACGACAUCGACAUGCGCAUCGGGAUCCACUCGGGCUCAGUCCUGUGCGGCGUGCUGGGCCUCAGGAAGUGGCAGUUUGACGUCUGGUCGUGGGACGUUGACAUCGCUAACAAGCUGGAGUCCGGAGGCAUCCCGGGGCGCAUCCACAUCUCCAAAGCGGCACUGGACUGCCUGAACGGCGACUACGAGGUGGAGGCAGGCCACGGCAAGGACCGCAACGACUUCCUGCGCCGGCACAACAUCGAGACGUACCUCAUCAAGCAACCCGAAGACAGCCUGCUGGCCCUCCCCGAGGACAUUAUGAAGGAAGCCGGAGGCGGCGGCGGCGGCGGCGGCACCGACCGUCGCGCCAGCUCCGCCACCUUCAACGAGGCGUCCUGGAGCCCCGAGCUGCCCUUCGACAACAUCGUGGGCAAGCAGAACACUCUGGCCGCCCUAACGAGAAAUUCGAUAAAUCUGCUUCCAAACCAUCUCGCACAAGCUUUGCAUGUCCACUCCGGUCCUGAGGAAAUUAACGAGCGAAUAGAGAGCGCCAUCGACUUGCGGAGUGGCGAUAAGUUGAGGAGAGAGCAUAUCAAAGCGUUCUCGCUGAUGUUUAAAGACUCCGGCCUGGAACGCAAGUACUCGCAGAUGAGGGAUGAAGUUUUCAAGUCCAACCUGGUUUGCGCCUUCAUCGUGCUCCUCUUCAUCACCACCAUACAAAGUCUGCUGCCCUCUGCCAGGAUGGUGCCGAUGGCGGUGCAGCUGUCGGUCCUGAUCCUGCUGCACUCGUGUCUGGUCCUGGCCACCACGGCCGAGGACUACAAGUGUUUGCCGCUGGUCCUGCGCCGGGCCUGCUGUUGGAUUAACGAGACGUACGCAGCACGCAACGUGGUCAUCUUUCUCUCCAUCCUCAUCAACUUCCUGGCGGCCAUGAUCAACAUGCUGUGGUGCGACCCACACGAGUCGGCCUCCAGGAACGACACCUUGGGCCGCUCCGACGCCGUGGCUGAUAUCUGCUUCUACCCGGAGUACUUUGUGUUCACCGGCGUGCUGGCCAUGGUGACGUGCGCCGUGUUCCUGCGCCUCAACUCGCUUCUCAAACUGGCCGUGCUGCUGCUGAUGGUGGCUGUCUACUCGCUGCUCACCGAAGGCUUCUACGCAGCGCUCUUUGUCCGCUACGAUGCCACCCACCAAAACGCGGCGAACUUCCUGGGCACCAAGGAGACGUCGCUACUUCUCAUGGCCAUGUUCCUCCUAGCCGUCUUCUACCACGGACAGCAGCUGGAGUACACGGCGCGACUGGACUUCUUGUGGCGCGUCCAGGCCAAAGAAGAAAUCAACGAGAUGAAGGAGCUGCGAGAGCACAACGAGAACAUGCUGAGGAACAUCCUGCCAAGCCACGUGGCCCGACACUUCCUGGAGAAGGAGCGCGACAACGAGGAGUUGUACUCCCAGUCGUACGACUCGGUGGGCGUGAUGUUCGCGUCCAUUCCAGGAUUCGCCGACUUCUACUCGCAGACGGAGAUGAACAACCAGGGAGUUGAGUGUCUGCGACUGCUCAACGAGAUCAUCGCAGACUUCGAUGAGUUACUGGGCGAGGAACGCUUCCAGGACAUCGAGAAGAUCAAAACCAUCGGCAGCACAUACAUGGCGGUGUCAGGCUUGUCUCCCGAGAAGCAGCAGUGCGAAGACAAAUGGGGUCACCUGUGCGCACUGGCCGACUUUGCCAUCGCUCUUAACGAAAGCAUCCGAGAAAUCAACAAGCACUCCUUCAACAACUUUGAACUCCGAAUAGGCAUGGCGCAGGGCUCGGUGGUGGCGGGCGUGAUCGGCGCCAAGAAGCCGCAGUACGACAUCUGGGGCAAGACGGUGAACCUGGCCAGCCGCAUGGACAGCACGGGCGUGAGCGGCAAGAUCCAAGUUCCUGAGGAGACCUCGGCCGUCCUCAGGGAGCGCGGCUUCGCCUUGGAGUACCGCGGUGAGAUCUACGUUAAAGGCAUCAGCGAGCAGGAGGGCAAAAUCCGCACGCACUUCCUGUCGGGCCGAGUACUGCCCAACCCGCUUAUCCUGCAGCCGCGUAAGAUGACGGGCCAGUACUCGCUGGCCGCCGUGGUGCUGGGCUUGGUCCAGUCGCUCAACCGGCAGAAGCAGAAGCAGAUCCUCAACGACAACAACAACUCGGCCAUCAUGAAGGCGCACCACCAUCACCACUACAACCGCAGGACGCUGCUGGCCAACGACGGGGGCGCCACCCACCACGCCGACACCCCCGACAAGACCGAUGCAUCCUGAGACAGGGGCCCGGCGCAAAACCAAAACCUCGAUUCCGAACCGGAAACUUUCCCUGGGAAUUUGGACGACAGGUUGCCCGCUCGGGCCAGUCGGCCGGACGAGUGGCUAGCGUGGCUGGUGUGGCCUCACACUUUUCAGGUCGGGCCUUUGAAUCUGAACUGCGGCGUGGUUAGCGUCUUCGCCCUUUCAAAAAAAAAAAAAAAAAAAAGACGUCAAGAGCGGAAUCCUUGUCACACGACCAGAAAGUUGGAGGCUCAAAUCAAGGCACCCACAUUUGUUUUUGUUUUUGCAUAUAACCGCAACGGUGGAGGUUUGAGCACCCAUCACGGCCUUCCCAUGUGUAGUUAGCACGGUUGUCGCUAAUCGUGUUGACAUUGUUUUGCUUGGGACAGGUUGAAAUGCGGGCUCUCGCCUCUUUUGGAGAUGACAAGAAAGGCUCAAAUGCAGGCUCCUCCUUCCCUUCUUGGAGUUAGCAUUUUUGGCACCGAGAGACACAAGUAACAAGUGGAAUCCUUUUCACGUUGUUUUGGCUACAACAAGAAAGGCGAAGGUUGCGAGACCUCCUGCUGGAGGUGUAGUCACCGUUUUUGCGCAAGUAGCAGCGGGCGUCCUCACACAUUCCAAAGCUACAUUAGCAUGUUAGCUUCCUCAAAGAGCAAACAUGAGCCGGACUGUUGAGUAGAAUUCUGCUUGUUUCCCAUCAAUUCCCAUGGAAAGUUUUCCAGUUCGAAAAUUUCUGUAAUUAUGCAACGGGGGUUGGCGCUGAGGCCGUUGGAUCGGCCAGACCUCAAGAAUGUUGUCGGGAUGGGACCCGCUUGGCGUGCGUCGUUUCUUUUCUCCGGAGCAUCCAGAUGGCGUUCCUGUCAUCUGUCACUUCCUCUUUUUAUGUGACCUUGAACCCCUCCAGACUUUGACACUCCCUCCUUCCCUUGACGCUGUCCAUCUUUCUUUUUUCUAUUUCUUUUAUA